AUGAAUAUAAAUAUGAAAUAUCCGUUCGCUCAAUUGAUGAAAUUACCUGAUGAGAUAUUGAUGAUCAUUUUAAACAAAUUGAACAAUGUCGAAGUACUUUACUCUCUAAUAGGUGUUAAUACACGAUUCAAUCCAUUUGUACGUGAUCCUGUUUUUACUAGUCAACUUGCAUUAAUGGAACAUAAUCCAUCGACUCAUCUUACAUCUCCAUUAACUGAUAUAGUACUUGAUCGAUUAUGUUUAGAAAUAUUACCUCAAAUUUGUAACAGAAUCAAAUGGUUCAAUUUCGAAACAUUGUCUAUGGAACGUAUUCUUCUUGCUGGUAACUAUACAAAUUUAAGUCAACUUGAGAUUUUUAUUAUGAACGAGAAAAUUGACAUAGAUAUCUUCACUGGUAAGAUUAUUGAAUUUGACUAUUUUUAG